UUGAACACACACCCGCACAGAGCCCUGACUAUGAGUAUAGCCACCAUUCCGCCCAUGUUUGCUGUGGGCAGCGGCGAUGGUGGCGGCGGCGGUGGAGGUAACAACAAUAACCAGAAGCCGCGUCCCAAGAAGCUGCUCAACGAUCCGCGCUUCCGAAUCCGACCGCUGCAGCAAGUUGCCUCGGCCUGCAUGGGUGCCAUGAUUACGGCCUGCUUUAUGACGCCACUCGACGUUAUCAAGACGCGGAUGCAAUCGCAGCAAUCGCUGCGGCAUAAAUGUUUCCUCUAUUGCAACGGCCUCAUGGAUCACCUCUUCUCGUGUGGACCGAACUGUCCCAAUACGAAGCCUCCUCCGCAGUACAGCAGCACACUGGACGCUCUUUUCAAAAUAAGUCGGACGGAGGGAGUUACGGCGUUGUGGUCGGGUCUGGGACCCACACUUGUGUCGGCUCUGCCCUCGACCAUCGUGUAUUUUGUUGCCUACGAGCAGUUCAAGGCACGGUUUUAUCGCUUAUAUGUGCAGCACGAGAGAAAGUCGGCAGUGAGAUCCUCGCCAGGCCCACAAUAUAUGCCACUAUAUGUGCCCAUGAUGGCGGGUGUUACGGCCCGUAUUUGCGCCGUCACCUUUGUCAGUCCCAUCGAACUGGUGCGCACCAAAAUGCAGUCACAACGACUGACAUACGCGCAGAUCCGAGGCUUUCUGCGCAGCAUUAUUCAGAUGCAGGGCAUUCUGGGUCUGUGGCGGGGUCUGCCGCCCACGAUUUUGCGAGAUGUGCCAUUCUCUGGCAUCUAUUGGCCCAUCUAUGAGAAGCUGAAGAGUACAUUUGGUGAUGGCACCCAGCAAGGAUCGUUCGGCUUCAAUUUCAUGGCUGGUGUACUGGCGGGCUCCGUCGCCGCCACAGUGACCACUCCCUUUGACGUCAUUAAGACCCACGAGCAGAUUGAAUUUGGUGAACGCGUUAUCUUCACGGACUCGCCUGAGCACGAAGUGACCAAAAAGUCCACAUAUAAUCGCCUGGUGGAGAUCUAUCGGCUUCAUGGACUGCGAGGCCUCUUUGCGGGCCAAGGACCCAGACUCUUUAAAGUGGCGCCCGCCUGUGCCAUCAUGAUCUCGACCUUCGAGUACAGCAAGUCCUUUUUCUUCUACUAUAACGUACAGCAACAUAAUGAAGCGCUACUAAUGAGCAAUCCAAAUGCCAAGCUGGUCAAAGACGAUGACAUUGAAUAGCUGUUGAAUGGACGGAGUAAUGAUUUUUUUUCUUAAAUAAACACUGUUCUUGCUACAAAGUGAAA